AUGAAAACGCGUUGGUCGCCCCUGCAGCUGUGUACUGUGGAACUGAAGAAAAUCAGCGAAGAAGGAUCGGUUGGUGCCGGAACUUCUUCUGAGCGCAAAGCAGUAGUAGCGCCUCCGCAGUGUCCGACGUCGCCCGCCUGGGUAACAAGACGUGACGCGUCAACGGUCGUGAUUACCAUGAGACCACGAGGUAAAGCCCCUGGAGAGCAUCUUGAUCGUAAUGCAGCCGUCAGCACGAGCGAGAAACUCGCCGCGGAGGGCAGUAUUCUGAUGUGUUCUAACUGCUCCGCCUCUUCCGUAGCAGCAUUGUGGGAAAGGGAGGAUGGCACGCUCAAGGGCGGUCAUUCGGUGGCUUGCUUAUCCGUCACGAGCACCACCCAGCACAUGUCUAGUUGUGUGACGGUGAGAUGCGGCCGUGUGUUUCCUCACGAACAUGUCCGCCGCUUUGGAUCGUCCGCCACUCGGUCGCCACGGCAGGACUACGUACGGUCGCAUGCCCUUGCCUUGGCACUACUUGACGAUUCGUUUUCGACGGCAUAUCUCGAACUGGGGUGUGUGCGUAGGCCGGCCAGUUCAACCACACGGACGGAGACACCUCUCGCCGUGCCGCGUCGCAUAGGACUGGUAUCUUCCCCCGGUGAACGUUCCGCAGUAGUUUUGCUGUACGCUGGCCUGGGCGUCAACCGCGAUAGCGACCGCGCGCCACCCUCUUCAGGCUUGAUUGUCGAGUCUACGCAUUUGACGCAAGAUGAAUGGCCAGCUCCACACGCGUUCAGCCCGUCCCCGCACGCAGCGCCAGGGCCUAUAGACACUGUCUUCUGGGGAAGUUCUCCCCAGACGUCGCGCGGUGUGGCAGAGAAUUUACCAAGAUAUUCAGCACGCCUGUCUUCGCAAUCUUCUAGCUGCCUGCCCAAUGUUAUCAACUUCCACUCGAAGAUGUCAGCCGUCUACCGAUUACAUACGUCUCCUGACGUGUGGGGGUAUGGGGUCUCUUACGCCUAUGUGCGCGUAUCCGAAGCGUCCGUAGCUGUCCGUCACGCCCAUAACCCGUUGUACGGCUCGUCCACCUUGUUUCAGCUGAUAACUCGCCAAGUGUUUGCGUGCCCUGUAAAUGACGCAUCCCAAAUGCAGCUCCGCUGA